UGGUAAAGGGUGACCACUCAUGUUUUAUGUCUGUGCUUCUACAGUAAAAGCUGUAGAGUAGCCUGACAGUAGCAGAAGGAUAGAGCAGAGUCGAGGGCCGUUAAGUCACUGAUCUGUGGCGGGAUGUUUCUCCUGUGCUUACAAUGACCAACUGUUGGACUGUGUGGGACUGUCAAGGCUCCUCGGUGAAGGGGAGGCCGGGCUCUCUGUGGACGAUGAACCGCUACACCACUCUCAAGCAGCUUGGGGACGGCACCUAUGGCAGCGUGCUCCUGGGCAAGAGCAAUGAGACUGGGGAGCUGGUGGCCAUAAAGAGGAUGAAGAGGAAGUUUUAUUCUUGGGAUGAAUGCUUGAAUCUGAGAGAAGUGAAGUCUCUGAAGAAGCUAAACCAUACCAAUGUGGUGAAACUGAAGGAAGUCAUCAGGGAAAAUGACUAUCUCUACUUUGUCUUUGAGUACAUGAAAGAAAACCUCUAUCAGCUCAUGAAAGAAAGGGAAGAUAAGAUGUUUUCUGAAAAUGAGAUAAGGAACAUUCUGUUCCAAAUAUUGUCUGGCUUAGCAUUUGUGCAUAAGCACGGGUAUUUCCACCGUGAUAUGAAACCGGAGAACCUGCUCUGCAUGGGCCCAGAGCUGGUUAAGAUUGCAGAUUUUGGACUAGCAAGAGAAAUCCGCUCCCAGCCACCUUACACAGAUUAUGUGUCCACGAGAUGGUACCGAGCCCCAGAGGUUCUGCUCAAGUCCAGCUCCUACAGCUCACCCAUCGACAUCUGGGCCGUGGGCUGCAUCAUGGCAGAGCUCUACACUCUCAGACCCCUGUUCCCCGGCAACAGCGAGGUGGACGAGAUAUUCAAGAUCUGUCAGGUGCUGGGAACGCUGAAGAAGUCGGACUGGCCUGAGGGUUUCAACCUGGCGCUCUCUAUGAACUUCCGCUUCCCAAAGUGUGUCCCCACCAGCCUCAGAUCCCUGAUCCCCAACGCCAGCAACGACGCCAUCACACUGAUGAAAGACAUGUUGCAGUGGGAUCCUGAGAAAAGACCAAGUGCUGCUCAGGCUCUGCGGUAUCCAUACUUCCAUGUCGGCCAGGCGCUCGGUGCUCCUUUGAAGUACUCAGAGCAUCACAAGGCUCACGCAAGGACGUUUGAGGUGGCUACAGCCAAACCAAAGCCUCUGUCCCUCUGUAAGACAGACCUGGAGUCCGGAGAACCGAGCAAGACCCAGGCAGAUCCACAGACCUCCAUCCAACAUCUACAUCAGCCGCUAGAGGAGAUUAACCUUCCUCAGGACAACAUGGAGUCAAGCAGACAACAAGCAACACCGGGGCAGCAGGAACCUCUCAGCCUGGUGAAAAACAGGCAGCCGAUGAGCUGGCACACUCGAGCAGCAGCCACUGGAGCAGAGAACGCUGUAUCCAGAGUCAGGACGGGACGUAGACGAUGGGGCCAGACGUCUUUCAAGUCAGUCGACAGCUGGGAUGAAGGUGACGACAAGGACGCUGGGGUUUCCAUCUCCAAGAAACCCACCAUCAGCUCUCUGAAAGACAGGACACUUGAAGGGCACAGCUGCCGAUUUCCACAGUCAAAGAUCAAUACAGUAAAGUUACCGAGCAAGACUGGGCUAAACAGAACUGACUCCACUGUCCUGUCAGCCAAGCAGCACUACCUCCGCCAGUCCAGAUAUCUGCCAGGUGUAAAUCCAAAAAGCAACUCCUCAGUAGGAAGCCAGAUUGCCAGCAGAAACCUGUGGGACAGAGGACAGGGCCUGGAGUUCUCUUUUAAUAAAGAAUCCUUCAUGAGCAACACCAACAAUCCAACCAAGACGUAUAUAUCAGCUUUUCAGAGGACGGAAACAGGAGCAGCUCGACACAGGAUCACACUGGCACCGAUUGAAGGCACCUCUGCUAUUGAUCUUUCCUCGGCUGCUGAUCUAAGAAUUGACUCUAAAAUCAAAACAUGUAAGAACAAGAUCUCUUCAAAUAAACUUCUGCCCUCAAAUGAAGAGUAUGAAGGAGGGAGCAGCAGAUCUCUGAAUCCUCAGAUCCCUGGAUCCAGCACCAGCUCUGUGGGGAAGAAAAUGUUAUCACGGAGCACAAACCUCCAGCCGGUGCAUGGACGAGUUGACUGGGCCGCCAAAUAUGGAGGUCACCGGUAGCACAGCAGAGCGCUCUGCUCCACCAGUGACUCCCACUGAACCAGGAAAUACAGACUUGUUGGCUGCUGCCAACAGUGGGCAGCAAUAUUUCUUACUACUCUGUUGUUACA